CCGCCCGCCCAGCCCUGCCCAGAUUGCGGGAGCGCCGCGCCCACAGCCCGCCGGGCAGCCCCGGACAGCGCCGGCAGCCCCGCAGGCAGCGGGCAGCACCGGACAGCGCCCGCAGGUUCCCCUCCCAGAGACAGCCCCCACCGGGCACCUCAGCAGCAAGAUGAACCCCACCGUGGGCAUCGCCGUCAUCCUGACAGUCCUCCAGGCCGCCCACUGCCAGAUGAUCAAGGACCUGAGUGCCUGCCUGCUGGGCCAGAACCUGCGCGUGGACUGUCGCUAUGAGAACAAAACCGACAACCCCCUGACCUACGAGUUCAGCAUCACCAAGGACAACAGGAAGCACGUCAUCCACAGCACCAUCAGCGUCUCCGAGAACAUCUACCGGAGCCGAGCCAACGUCACCAUGCACAAGAACCUGGUGUGCCUCCACCUGCAGAGCUUCACCACCAGUGAUGAGGGCAUCUACAUGUGCGAGCUGAAGGCCACCAACGACUACACUGGCAAUCAGAUAAAGAACAUCACUGUUAUCAAAGACAAACUGGAGAAAUGCGCCGGCUUCAGCCUCUUGAUCCAGAACACCUCGUGGCUCCUGCUGCUGCUCCUUUCCCUGCCUCUCCUGCAAGCCGUGGACUUCGUGUCCCUGUGAAAGGCGAAGCACACACACUCACAGCGCUCGCACACACACGCACGCACACACCGAGCACCCCAGCCACCCCGCCUUCCUCGCAGCCCCUGGAAAGAGAAGCUGAAGCGUCUGGAAGCCGUGAAACCUCUCUGUGUUAUCUCUAUUUAGCCGUAUAUUAACGCUAACCACCGUCCCGUGCCGAGGCUCACCAUCCCACGCACUCGCGCCCCGCUCCGAAGCAUGGUGGCUCUGCUAGGCAGCGUUGCUUCUCCCAUCGCGCCUCCCCGCUCCGUAGGCUGGCUGGUUUGCUUGUGCUGGGAGCACUGGAGGCCUCAGCCUCGCUUGUCCCAUCCCUUUAACUCUUGGGGUUUGCCUGUUCUCAACCGGGGAAAGACAGCUGGAUUGGCAGCUGAGCUGGAAGUGAGGCCUCCUCCAGACACCAUCUGGUACCUUUGGGCUGCCCGAGCCAGACACCACUCGCUCUCCCCGGGGACCAGCCCUUAGCUGUGACGAGAGAAUUGCUGCCAGCACCAGUGGAGGCAAGCAGAGCCUCUCUGAGCUAGCCACAGCCCCACUGCCCUCCCCAGGGCCCUCAGAGCUGCACCCAGGAUGGCUGGUGGGGAGGGGGUUCCCCUCUGGGAGUGUGACCCCAGGGUCUCCAUAGGGACUUCCCUGCACUGGCACCUUGUCUUCCCUAAGGGAACGUGUGGGGACCCCAGUCCUUCCUCAUGGAGAGGCAGAGCAGUCUUCCUCCAAUCCCACCGUGCUCCUGGGAGGAGCCUGUGUGCCCCCUCCCUUCUCUCUCCUCCCUUUCAGCAUUUCCCUGUCUCCCCUUAAGAGCAGCAAAGGACCGAAGGGCAGCCCACAACCUCGGUAAGGCCAGGAUGGUGCCAGGGGUUGGCGAGAGCGGGGACAGGGAUGGCCAGCACAGCUCAGAUCUGCCAGCCCAGGGCUGCCCAGAUGCCCACGGGACCCCGAGGAGCCUCACCCAGGGGAGGGCACAG